AUGGAGCUCCAACCAUGGCUGACCUUCCUUGGGAUUGUGCUCGCCACCGUGCUCUUCAUCAAAACGGUGGCUUGUCGACCCAGUGGACGUGGAUACAACCUCCCUCCGGGACCUAAGCCAUGGCCAAUCAUCGGAAACCUCAACCUCAUUGGCGCGCUCCCACACCGCUCCAUUCACGCGCUCUCGGAACGGUACGGCCCACUCAUGUACCUCCGCUUCGGAUCCGUCCCGGUCGUCGUCGGAUCUUCCGUCGAGAUGGCCAAGUUCUUUCUCAAGACCCAUGACGUGGUGUUCACUGGCCGGCCCAAAACCGCCGCCGGGAAGUACACCACGUACAACUAUAGGGACAUCACCUGGUCCCAGUACGGUCCGUACUGGCGCCAGGCGCGUAAGAUCUGCCUCACGGAGCUCUUCAGCGUGAAGCGCCUCGAGUCAUACGAGUACAUCCGCAGAGAGGAGCUGCGAGCACUCCUGCGCGAUCUGCACGGAGCGUCCGGCCGCGUCGUGACACUCAAGGACUACUUGUCCACGUUGAGCUUGAACGUGAUCUCGCGCAUGAUGCUGGGCAAGAAUUACUUGGACAAGGAAGCGGCAGGCUCCGCGAUCACGACGCCUGAUGAAUUCAGGUGGAUGCUCGACGAGCUGUUCUUGCUCAACGGCGUGCUCAAUAUCGGUGACUCCAUCCCGUGGCUCGACUGGAUGGACGUGCAGGGUUACGUUAAGAGGAUGAAGAAGCUGAGCAAGAUGUACGAUCGGUUCCUCGAACACGUGGUCGACGAGCACAACGAACGGCGCAGCCGCGAGGGGGAGAGCUUCGUGGCAAAAGACAUGGUCGAUGUGCUGCUUCAGGUAGCCAGCGACCCCAAUCUUGAGGUCAAACUCAGCCGGGGUGGCGUUAAGGCCUUCAUACAGGAUCUACUCGCUGGCGGCACGGAAAGCUCGACGGUGACUGUGGAAUGGGCCAUUUCCGAACUCCUAAAGAAGCCCGAGAUUUUUGGCAAGGCAACUGAGGAGCUGGACCGCGUCGUCGGCCGGUGCCGCUGGGUCACAGAGGACGACAUUCCGAGCCUCCCGUACGUGGAUGCUAUCAUGAAAGAGGCCAUGCGGAUGCAUCCGGUGGUGCCGUUGCUGGUGCCCCGCCUGUCUCGCGAGGACACGACCGUCGGCGGCUACGACAUCCCGGCUGGCACACGCGUCCACAUAAGCGUGUGGUCCAUUGGCCGUGACCCGGCCCUGUGGGACGCGCCUGAGCAUUUCAUGCCGGAGCGGUUCCUUGACAGCAAGCUGGACGUGAAUGGGCAGGACUACGAGCUCCUGCCGUUUGGCUCCGGCCGGCGGAUGUGCCCCGGGUACAGCCUCGGCCUCAAGGUGAUCCAGAUGAGCCUCGCAAAUCUGCUGCACGGCUUCACGUGGAGGCUGCCCGACGGCGUUGCCGCGGAGCAGCUGAGCAUGGAAGAGAUAUUUGGGCUGUCCACUCCACGCAAGUUCCCGUUAGAGACUAUCAUGGAGCCCAAGCUCCCAGGUCACCUCUACGACGGGGCUACUGCGUUUGUGGAGUAA